AUGGGCAAAAGGUCAAGGACAAGGAGGUCACCAUGGGGUCACCCCAAUUCACCCCGCAAAACACUGGGUUUGAAUUCACAAUACAUGGCAGGGUGGUCGAAGAUAGUUGAUGGGUCAUCUCUAGGUUGCUUCAAAACUCUUCAAAAGAUUCAAAUAAGCGACCCCUUAUUCACUCUCGAACUAGUUUUAAAAGGGUCUUUCAAGGAUAACGAGCAAGACGAUCUGCAAUAUUUGUUCGAUCAAUUUCUCUCUCUUUUCCUUGAAGAGAUUAGUGGAAGUAAUUGUUUUAGGCCUUUGCCAUCGAAGCUUGGCAAUGUGCAGUCAGUGGAUUUGGUUAAACUACGUUUGGUAGUGAGAGCAAGGAUUCAGUGGCUAAAGAGUGUGUGUUCUGUCCAAGUGUCGGAUCUACAGUGA